AUUGUCAACAAGAAGAAGUUAUUGUGUUACUGAAACUCUGGUGCAUCCUCUUAAUUUAUUAUCGGCCAAACCACGGGGACACGCGCUUUAAAUUAAGAAAAUUAAAAACAAAGUUGAAAAGUCAUCUUCUUCUCACAAAAUCGUUUCCUCAGCCAUGCGAACUCAAACUCCAAGCUCUCUCUCUUCUUCGUCUUUUAGCUUACUUUUCAUUUUCUUUUUCCUUUCUUCUUCUUCUUCGUCCUUUAAUCUGUGAUAUAAUUUCAGAUCGAGGAUCGAUUUUCUCAGCUUCCGUGUUUUUUUUUGUUUGGCUUACUUGGUGUUGCUCAACUCCUAUUUCCAGUUGUUGUCUUCUCGGUUUUUGGCUCACGAUGAGUAAGAACUGGAAAUCCGUUCGAUUAAGGCUCCGAAUGCGUUCUCUCAUGUUUUUUAUGGUGAUUUUGAGCUUCGAUUCGUGCUAUUCGCUGAAGUAUGAAGGUGUGGAAUCCAAAGGAACAGUGACGGAAGAUCCAUGGUCUGCUAGAGAUGCCGCGGAUUUGAGAACGUUUAGUUUUCACCGGAAAUUACUUGGCCGUUUCCUUAACCCCUACCACAAUUUGACUGCGUUCAAGGACCGGCCGCCUGUGGCAAGUGUUACACCACCGUCAUCUUCGGUUUCUCCCAGGUCUAAUGCCACUAAAUCCUCAACAUUGCCUCCUCCGCCACAGAAAAGUCCUCCUGCGCUAAAUGUUUCUGCUCCACCUCCUCCUUUACCCCGUGCAAAUUUUCCUAGUCUAAGAAGAAGCUCCAAAACCAGCAUGGUUCCUAUUAUGGCUGGCUGCAUAGGCGGUGCUGUGUUUCUUCUCCUUUUAGCUAUUGGUGUCUUCUUUUUCAGAAGUAAGGCUGGGAAAUCUGUGAAUCCUUGGCGUACAGGUCUUAGCGGACAACUUCAGAAAGCGUUCGUAACUGGUGUUCCCAAACUCAAAAGAUCUGAGAUUGAAGCUGCCUGUGAAGAUUUCAGUAAUGUCAUUGGGUCUUGCCCCAUUGGUACAUUGUUUAAAGGGACACUAUCAAGCGGGGUGGAGAUAGCUGUGGCUUCUGUUGCUACUGCGUCUGCCAAAGAAUGGACAAAGAACAUAGAAAUGCAGUUCAGAAAGAAGAUCGAAACGUUAGCCAAGAUAAACCACAAGAAUUUCAUCAACCUUCUUGGUUACUGUGAAGAAGAUGAGCCUUUCACUAGGAUCUUGGUCUUUGAAUAUGCAUCAAACGGAUCGCUCUUUGAACAUUUACACUAUAAAGAAUCAGAACAUUUGGACUGGGUAAUGCGGCUAAGAAUAGGAAUGGGCGUAGCAUAUUGCCUUGACCAUAUGCACGGGCUCAAGCCACCUAUAGUUCACAGCAAUCUUCUCUCAUCAUCAGUUCACCUCACAGAGGAUUACGCUGUCAAAAUUGCGGAUUUCAAUUUUGGUUACCUAAAAGGCCCAUCCGAGAGAGAAACCAGCACCAAUGCACUCAUAGAUACGCACAUCUCAGUCACAACACAAGAAGACAAUGUUCACAGCUUCGGUUUGCUAUUGUUCGAACUGAUGUCCGGAAAACUCCCAGAGUCUGUUAGAAAAGGCGACUCGGUAGAUACCGGAUUGGCUGAUUUCUUGAGAGGAAAGACUUUGAAAGAGAUGGUGGAUCCAACACUGGAAAGUUUUGAUGACAAGAUUGAGAAUAUAGGUGAAGUGAUCAAAAGCUGUGUAAGGGCAGAGCCGAAACAGAGACCGACAAUGAAGGAAGUCACGGGGAGAUUGAGAGAGAUCACAGGAUUAUCACCGGACGAUACUAUUCCCAAGCUUUCGCCUCUGUGGUGGGCAGAGCUGGAAGUGUUGUCUACUGCGUGAAGAGAGAGUGAACUACUUUGCUUCACAAGGAAACUGUAAGUAUUAAUAUGAAGACUGUGUGAGGUUUUUGAGCCUCUGUGGAGCUAGUUGCUUCUCGUUAGGCUACAUAUCUAAAAUCUAUGCAAGUUAGUCUAUAAAAGCGACUCUAUAAUCUUAGUUGCGUUCAGUAUCAAACAGUACAUGUCCAAGAGCACGGUGAUACCCUUUUUGGUGUGCAUAAUGUCAAUGGUGGUUAUUGUGUUUUAGGU